AUGUCGGCCUCCCGGACCGAGCUCAUUGCAUGGGUCAAUGAGCUUCUUGCGCUCAAUUAUACAAAAGUGGAACAAUGCGGUAAUGGUGCAGCUUAUGCACAGAUCAUCGACUCAAUUUAUGGCAAUGUACCCAUGUCCCGCAUCAACUUUGGUGCACGCCAUGAAUACGAAUCUCUCACCAAUUACAAAGUACUACAGAAUGUUUUCAACAAAAAUCGAAUAAGCAAGCCCAUUCCUGUUGAUCGCCUAGUGCGUUGCAAGAUGCAGGACAACUUGGAGUUUCUGCAGUGGAUCAAAAGAUUCUGGGACUUGAAUUACACAGGUGAAGGCCUCUAUGAUCCAGAAGCUCGUCGGGCUGGACAACCAGGUAAUCCUGCUGAUACACCUAUGCGCAGGCCUGCAUCUGGCAAUGGUGGUGCUCGUCCACGGCCGAGCUCAGCUGCUCCCAGGCCUUCUACAGCUGGUCCGCGACCAUCAGCCGUCCGUCCAAGACCCUCUACGGCUUCGCAGCCUGUGCGAUCAGCACCCGUCUCUAGCGCUGGACCGCGCCGCAUGUCUGUGGCCCCUCGUGGUGUGCGUGGCCCCUCUGCUGCAGCGAUAUCCAACGAAACGAUCCAGCAACUCUCCGCAGAGAUUGACGAAAUGAAACUAAGUGUCGACAGCCUGGAGCGCGAGCGUGACUUUUAUUUCGGCAAGCUGCGUGACGUGGAAGUCCUCAUCCAAGAACGCUUGGGUGAGCUUGUUCAGCUCACGGAUGAGGGCGAAGAAAUAAACGAUCCGAAUGGUGCAUCGGAGGUCGAGACACUCAAGCAGAUUCAAGGCGUACUAUACAAGACAGAGGAAGGGUUUGAGCUCCCAGAUGCUGCUGAGGCAGAGCCAGAGCCCCUAGAUGACACGGAAACGUUCUAA